AACGUAUGAGCUCCGACAGCCCAUUGCCUAUUUAUCGAACACAAACAUAGACCCGGCAGCUCGCGCGCCUUCGCGGAGACCGACACCAGUCUAGUGGUACUCAACACCACAACUUCGAGUCGCCCCGAACCCAAGUCAAGAGGCGAACAAGACUUCACUCGCUGCCAAAAAAGACUGCUACGGCACAGCAGAACCCACCGACGCCGUCGGCGAACAAACAAUGCCCAAGUCCAACAAAACAAAGGACCACAAACGCCCGCGCGCGCGCCACCGCCGCGCGCCCAAGCGCGCCGCGGUCGUCGCGGACCCGCGGCCCCUGAACCGCCGCGUCUGGCCGUCGCUCGUCGCGCCGAUCCUCGACCACCUGCUCAUCGAGCACGUCAUGUACUACACCUGCGUGGCCAAGCUCUUCAACGACGCCGUGCCCUUCCUCUCGGUCGUCGAGCAGCGCAAGGUCGCGGAGCACGCGCCCGACCGCGACAAGGCCCGGCACGUGCUCUGGCAGCCCGCCGUCUGGCUGCGCCUGAGCCGCGCGCGGCAGGUGACGCUCGCGAUCGAGACGCCCGAGGCGCUCCUGCACCUCGCCGGCCUGGCGACGGCGUCGCGGCGGUCCUGGGAGGUCAUCGACCUCUUCUGCAGCUUCCAGAGCGACGUCGAGUCCGAGGGCGUCGUGGCGCAGGCCCUCGGCGGCCUGGCCGACGCGCUGCGCCACGGCGCGCUGCCGGAGCUCGAGUCGCUGACGGUGCACUGCCGCGGCGAGGCGAACGACUGGACGACGAAGCUGGGGCGGGGCGCGCCGCCGGACGUGAACGCGGCGCUGGCGAAGCUGUGCGUGGCGCUGCCGCCGUACCUCGCCGUGACGUGCGCCGUCGAGUGGACGCUCGCGCCGAGCGUCUGCGCCCGGGUCCUCGCCGACCGGCCCGAGGUCGACGUGAACCGGUCCAAGGCGUACCUGCCCUCGGCGCUGACGACGUGGGCCGACGCCGCCGACGACUCGGACGCUUCGAUGAAGAUCUUGAGGUUGCUCCUCGCGCGCGGCGCCGAUGUUCGCGGCGGCGACGCGGACCCGAGCAGUCCGCUGUCGAACGUGGUCCACAACGGCGCGGCGCGCGGCGUCGAGGCCCUGCUGGCGGCCGGCGCGGACCCCGACGCGGGCCGCGCCGUCGGGCCGCCGUUAUUAAUGGGUUGUGGAGUCUGGCACGACGGCGACGUUUUGUGCCCAUGUUGCUGGCUCGGGCGGAGCCCCGCGGGCGGCAGCGACCCGGAGCUGCCGCAGCGCCGGGUCGCCGUCGUCAAGGCACUGCUCGACGCAGGCGCCGACCCGCUCAGGGCGCACGCGUGCGCGCCCCGGUUGACGCCACAGAAGGCGAUCGUCGAACACCUGCGCACGCUGGAGCGGGACGGCGACGAGUCCGUCCCCGACGCGCCGGGCGGCUGCGCCAAGCACCACAUGAAAGCACAGAAACAUAUCUUCGCGAACGCGCUCCACGACAUGCUGGCCCACGUCACCGAGGCCACCGAGCGGCUUGCGCGCCAGCGCGGGGACGCGCCGCCGACUCCGAUCCUCGUGGUCGACGCCGAACGGCGGCGGGCGCUCGGGCUAGAGGAAUAAGGACCCUUUUCAAGUUGAUAGAAAA